CACACAGAUCUAAGCCAGCUGCCCUGUUUUAAACACUUCACUGUAAGAAGAUUGCAAGAGAGGGGGAAUCCGCAUGCAUCCCCCAUACCAGUGUGCUCAAAGUACACUGGCAAAGCAGCUGCCAGCUCUACAAACAACAGCCGAGCAGCUACAAAUGGUAGAUUUAGAUGUUUGCUGUUUGGUAGAAGCAUUUAGAAGUCCUUCUGCCGCAGAUAUCUCAGGACUCAAAGGGCACUUGCUGCCCUCAGAGUGGGGUGUUCAAGCAAACUGACCUCUGGGGUUAAGCAGAAUCAGUUUGUGUGAAGCUCUGUGGAGGAGGGGAGGAGGGAACAGGCAACAGUUGGUGGGAGGUGGGAGGCCACAGUGGGGCUCCUGCACUGCUCAAGAAGGAGACGAAGCAGUCGCCGGGAAGCAGGGAAAGAGGAGGAGAUGGCCACGGGAGAAAUCACAACACUUCCCUCCACACCUGAAGACGGCGGCAGCGGCGGAUUUCCUCCUGGGAGCUUCAAGGAUCCCAAAAGGCUGUACUGUAAAAACGGGGGCUUCUUCUUGAGGAUAAAGUCUGACGGGGGAGUGGAUGGAAUCCGGGAGAAGAACGACCCCCACAUAAAGCUUCAACUCCAGGCAACUUCAGUGGGGGAGGUGGUCAUCAAAGGAGUUUGUGCUAACCGCUAUCUGGCCAUGAACAGAGAUGGGCGACUGUUUGGAGCGAGACGAGCAACAGAUGAAUGCCACUUCUUAGAGCGGCUUGAGAGCAACAACUACAACACCUACCGCUCCAGGAAGUACCCAAACAUGUACGUGGCACUGAAGCGGACUGGCCAGUACAAGUCUGGAAGCAAAACUGGACCGGGUCAAAAGGCCAUUCUUUUUCUUCCAAUGUCUGCCAAGUGCUAAUCUGGGAUCUGGUUGAGAAAUAUUUACGUCUUAAUGGCAGCGACAAAGAAGAAGAUGUGACGGCAAUGAAGACAAAGUGUUCCAUCAACAUUGCCCAAAACAGCUGUGAUGCUUUCUGACUGUUAUAUCCUAAGAGUUAUUUUUUAUCCUGAACAUGUCUGCUCAUUCAGCUUCACUUUCAAAUAGUGUCACACAUUCACUCCUGGCUACUUCGCAGUCAAACCAGGCUUUUAGUGUGGACCAACCAACUGCUACACUAGUGCAUCUGGAGCCAGGUGCCUUGCUCAAGUGCACCCCUACAGUACAGCAGCAGAGCAUUAUUCGUUCAUUUUACCUAUACAGAUCUUCCCUCUCUGGCUGAGGGAUUCAAAGCUGCAACCUUUUAAUCCCAAAUCUGCUUCCUACCGUUUCUACAGCUUCUGAGUGUGCAAGUCUGAGUUUAGCUGCAGGAACAUAUAGAAGAAUAUUCUGUUAACUCUUUUUAUCUAGGAUACAUGUUUUAAGGAAAUGCACUCAAAUCCUACAUAUUGUAACUUGAAGAUAACAGAGGAAAAGGGAUUGAACUAAAUAACUGAAUGCUGAAUAGAAUUUCUGAUCUUGUGAUACAAAAUGUUGUUUGACAAAAUAAAAAUUAAGCACACUAAGCACACUAAAAUCAAAACCCAAGCACUACUUCUAGUUUUAUACAAAUCUUUCACACUACUCAGUAUCGUGGCACACUUAAUGUAACAAACAGGUUUCCUGAGCUUAUCUUCAUUUUCUGAUCAAACUGCGUUCCCCUUUUGUAAAUAUAUAAUUUGAGAUUUGUGCAAAAGUCCAAAUGUUGCAUGGCACUGGAGCAUAACUUAAGCAUAAGAUAAGUAGAUAAUUGUUGUGAAUGAUGUUUAAUUCAACGACAGACAUGCAGUUAACUUACAAAAAGAUGAUUUAGACUUUUUUGACCAGUCAGUAGGCUAAUUUAACAAGGCAGCCAAUAUCAAUAUAGCAACUACUAGCCACUAACGUUAGCUUCUGCCAGUAUAUGGUCAGCUGACACUGGUGGUUAGCUUGUUAACAAGCUGAAAUCUCAAUACUGGUCACAAAAUGAACCAGUCACAGUUAAAAAAUACAGCAGAAUUUAGAACAGUACCUUUAAAAAUGAACUCAGCUGCUGGCAGCCACUAUUGCCCAACAGCUGUAGACUUCCAACAUGGCCGCUAAAAAUGUGUUAAAUAAACCGUAUUAAACUCUGCAGUAUUGCAGGUACUACAGUGGCAUAUUUCUUUAAAAACCACAAAGUGAAUGUUCUUGUAGUUCACAGCCUAUUGCACCGCAUUUCUUCAACAGUAACAGUUAGUGUGUGAAACACACUGCAAACAUAGUUCAAGUAAUAAAUACACUUUAAAUAUGAGUAAUACUGACAUCCAUGUGUCAACAUAGCUAGCCAUGAUAUGCUAUAUACCCCAUCAGGUUGAUGAUGGCUUGCUAGGAUUUUAGUGUCAGAGGAAGCUGCCUGUGGUACAGCUGGUAAAACAUCCCAGAGUAGACAGCAGGAAGCUCCUCCAUGGUGAGGUCGAUCUUGCGGAAGCCCUGCUCCAGGCCGUGAAGCAGAAGCCUGGCUACGCGAGAGGUGAUGGGCGUGGUGUCGUUGGUCUUGGCCAGCUCGGCGAGGUCCAGCCACUCGCAGCGCAGACACUCCUGAGUGCAGAAGUUGAUGUCGUAGGUGAGUGGGCUGAGUCGGCAGAUGAUGUACAUGUCCGACAUGCCAAAGGCGCCGGGGUGGUUGUGCUGUUGGCGGAUGCUGAGCAGAGAUCUGAACUCAGAGCGAACGCCGGUUUCCUCGAAAACUUCACGAACAGCAGUGGCACCUGAGAAAGAUUCAUUAUAAUAUAAAUAAAUGUAUGUGGAGGCAUUUAAAAGAUCCUGACAAAAAGGAAUAUAUUUAUGUUCCCUUGUCAGAGUCACCUUGCAGACUGAUGUUUCAAUAUGGGGAAAAGGGAAAAUACAUAUAUUUUUUGUAAAGACAAACAUUUGACGCUGCUUUUUGGGUUGGGUCAUGUAUAUAAUAUUAAAGCUGCUUUAAAAUGUUAAAAAGGUGAAUCUGGAGAAACAGAUAUAAUUCUUAGCGUAUAUAUCAUGUGCCUUAUUUUGUACAGUUAAAAUGAAUGUAUAUGUAUCAUCUUUAAGCAUAAUACUACAAUCCAAGGAUUUAGCUAGAUGUACUGUAUUAGUUUUUUGCUCUGUUGAGCGUGACACUGACCAAUAUUUUCUCCUGGAUCAGACAAGCCACCGGGGAACUUCCAAGCAUUCUUUGUCUGAAAUACAAGAGCAAAGUUAAAAUUGAACAUGGAUUGUGAUAGAUGGCACUGCUGUAAAUGUACCUUAGAGUUAUAUCAACAUGUAUAUACACUUCAGAAAAUGUCCAUUUUAGUCUUGUUUUGAACCAUAAAAUCUGCCAAUGCCGUCCAGUUUAAAGUCACUUGCAAGUUCUUUAAAUCAGUGACACUACUUUAUCUUACAGCAUGGCAAUAGGUUUUUUCUUUAAGAACAUAACAGCAAGUAGUAGAUUAUAUGUUCAAAGGUUCAUCUUAUGUAUCUGAACAAAUAAUUUUACAGGCAGAGAGAUGUUUAAUGCUCUGAUCUGAGCAUCCUUUCAUUUUAUGUUUUAUAUUUAGUGCCUCACUCUUGGAGACUUUUACAUUUGAUGCGGAGAAGUGCGUCUUCCAAAACUGUUUCACCACUUAUCCUUGAUAUUUAAUAACAGUAUGCUGCUGGUUAAAUUAUGAUGUCAGUGUUGUAUAUAUAUUUCGUUAGUUAGUUACUUAAAGAAUUUUGUAUGCAGUGCUUUUUUCCCCCCAGAAAUGCUAUUUCAUCAUAGAUUUUCCUUGUUUUGCAAAUCCUCUCUCUGUUAGGAACACAAAUGCACAACAGCAUUUAUUUUCAUGUAUUGUCAAAAAAAUGCUAUAUUUUCGGAGCUGUUUCUGUGCUCGUAGGAAGAAAUAAAGAGAUUUUCUGUAA